AUGACGGAAAGAGCUGUAUAUUCAUCUACCUUAUUGGUUGGAAAGGAUCCAUAUGAAUCGACUGAAGCCGUCAGAAUCAGAUUAUCUGAAGCAAAAUUGAUUAAUAAAAAUUUCUUUGUCGCUUUAAAAGAAAUAUCUGAUUUGCAAACUAGUUAUAAUCAAAGACUUCGUAAAAUUAUUACUCAAAAUGAAAAUUUAGGUAAUAUAUUAUCUAAACAAUUAUUAACCAGCCAAAUUUUAACUGAAGAAGAGUCUAGAAAAUAUACUUUUAAUUCAAUUGGUGAGGUUCAACAAUUGUGGGAUGUAUUAAUCCAAGGUUUGAAGGAUAACCUUGAUGCUCAUACUCAAUUACAAUUAGUCUUGCAACAUGAUGUAAUAUCUGUUCUUAAGAACAACACAGAGACUGACUCUAAUUGGGCGGAAACUAGAAAAUUACAUUCUAGAUUAAGCCAAGCUGCAUCUGUUAUUGACUAUUAUAACAAUACUCCAAAUGCUAGUGGUAAUCCACAAGAAGCAAUGGAUCAAUGGGGCUCUGAAAGUCCAUAUUUAUUCGAUACUUUUGAAAAGGUCGAUUUUGAUCGUCUACAAACUCUAAAGAACUGUUUGUUAAAAUACCAAACUAGUUAUAGCGAUUAUUUCUUAUCAUCAACAAAGAACUGUGAAAACGGUAUGGCUACUUUACUUUCUUUCGAUCCAGAAACCGAAAUUAAUCGUUUCGCAGAUGAAGCUAUGAAAUUUAAUUUUAAGAUGUCUGAUCCUAAAGCUCUAAAUUCAACCAAACAAAAAGCAUAUGCUCAAGAAGCUUCUCCAAGCAAAAAGGAAAAGAGAAGAAGUACUUUCGGUAACAUUAGUCAUAGACUAACGUCUAAUUCUACUGUAUUACACCAUGAUCUAAUGAACGAUGAAUUCUCUGACUCAAACAAUAAUGUUUCUUUGAAGAGUAAGAAAUCAGGAAGUUUGAAAUCUAAGGUUGGAUCCAUAUUCGGUAGAAAUAAAUUGAAGAAUAAGAAAUCACAGAACUUGGGUGGAUUAAAGGAAGCUUCAAUUCCGGAGCAAGCUUCUAGCGGAUCUUCGAUAAGAACUCCCUCUAGAACAAGCACCAGAAAUCCUGUUCCUAGACCUUCUGACACUCAACCACCUUUACCAAGAGAACAAUAUGAAAAGUAUCAAGCAGCUGAAAAUUCAACACCAUCUAAUAACUAUACACCACCAGCCAAUACUUACGAAGCUCCAACUAACAAUUAUACAGCAGUGUCAAACAGCUCUGAUUGGCAACAAGAACACUUGCCAUCCAAUCAACAAGUAAACACACCUCCAACUUCCCCUGCUGAAGUUCCAUCUCAUACUCAAGAAAAAGAAACUCAAAACUUUAAUGAAAAACCAUUACCAGAAGAACCAACUCCGCAAAACUCUCCUUCAGUGAGUUCAAGACCUUUACAUAUCCAAGCGCCAAGUAUCCCACCAUCUAGAAAACAAAACCGUGAUUCGGUAUUAGGAAACGAUCCAUUUGCUUCUGAAGUAUUACCCCAUGAAGAAGUUUCUGCUCCAAAUGUAGCAGAUUCCAAUCGGGUUUCAGUAUUAUUAUCACAAGUUACUCCUGGUUUACAAGCUUUGGAUCCUCAAACAACAGGUACCUCUACUACUAUAUCAGGUCAAUCAAUCUUUCAACAUGAAAGUGCAGGCGAGAUUAAAAGUGGUUUGAAUGCAAGUGUUGCUGAAGUCAUAAAUGCUAGAUUCCGAGAUGGUAUUUUGGAAUCAUCUCAACUAGUUGGUGAAUUAGCUUUAGUAUAUGCCAAGGAUCCAGCCCAAGAAUUACCAAUAGGUGUAAACUUAAAAAUUGAAAAUGGUGACAAAUUUGAAAAGGUUAUUUUAAACCAAGCGUUUAUGGAAAAGGUAUCUCCUGAAGAAUAUAAAGUAAACCCUAUUUUUAUCAAUUCUAGAACUUUGGGUGCGAUUAAGUAUUCUAUCAGUAACCCAGUAGUCCCAAUUAUUAUCCAACCAGUAUGGAAAUUUGAAGCACAUCAAGCAAGUGUAAUAUUGACCGUGAAAAUGUCACCAACUAUUUCGAACACAAUUCAAUCUGUUACAUUGAAUGACUUUUCAGUUCACGUUACCAUCGACGGUGCGGAAACCACAAAUGCUUUAUCUAAGCCACAAGGUUCAUUUAAUAAAGAUAAAAAGAGAAUUUCGUGGAAAUUUAAACAACCAUUAGUUCUAACAAGACAGAAUGAAGAAAGACUAAUAGCAAGAUUCAUGACCGAAGGUACCGCAUACCAAACAUCUAAGAGUGUUCUGACCAAAUUCACCAUUUUAAAGAGUGGAGAAUUUGGUGGUUCCCUAAACUUAUUUUCUCAGGAAUCUAAUGAAGAAAAUCCAUUUGGAGGUGCCUGGGAAGUAAUUGAAGCAACAAAGACUUUAACUGCUGGUAAUUAUAUAGGGUUAUCAACAUAA